AUGACUGUCAUUGUGGAUCUUCUGCGGCCUCUUUCCGAGGGCGAAGCGACUCUGAAUAGCUCGGAUGCACAGGUCCAGCCCAACAUUAACCUCAACUUCUUUGGCAGUGACUUGGACAUUGUCACUAUGCGGAAAGAUCCACGUGGCACGGCACGCUUCUCGAAGAGCAUUCACCAGGGCGUCGUUGACUCGAAGUUGCGAGUCUAUGGAAUACGCAACCUCAGAAUCGCAGAUGCCUCUGCCAUCCCUGCAACCCCCGAUUGCCGUGUUCAAAACACGACCUACAUGAUUGGCUAA